AUGGAGGUUGACCUAGAAGAAAUACGCCACCCUUUGUCGGAGAGAUGCUACAUUUGCUCCAUUCCAAGCCGUGGGAAGUAUGGCCCGGUUUUCAAAACACAUUUGUUUGGCUUGCCCACGGUAAUGGUGACUUCCACUGAUGGAUUGAAGCUCAUUUUCACCAAUCAGAGCAAGAUCGUGCAUGGCUCCUGGCCCAGCUCCGUCAAGAAGCUCGUCGGGGAGCGAUCUCUCUUCUUCAGGCCGUUCCGUCACAUCCUCAUUGCGCUCCUGGGUCCCGAGGCGCUCCAGCGGUACGUGGGACGAAUCGCCAUGAUCCAGAAGCACGUCGAGGAGAGCUGGAUCGCGGGUGGCGAGAUCAAAGCGUACCACUCCGUCAAGGAGGCGCUCUAUGCCGUCAUCUAUGAUCUCUUCCUGAGCCUGACCGACGAGAAGGAGCAGCAGGAGCUCCUGGAUCCCUUCCGCGUCGUCUUGCACGCUCUCAUCGAGCUCCCGCUCGAUUUCCCCGCAACCGCGUUCUCCAAGGGCAUGGCUGGCCGCCAGGAGAUCAUGACGAAGCUGGACCGGAUGAUGGAGCAGCGGCGACUGGAUUUGCAGAGCGGGAAGGCAUCCUCCCGUCUGAGCAGCAAGAUCUCCUGUCGGUGCUGCUGGUCAAGAUGGGCGACGCAUGACCGACGAGGCGAUCAAGCAAAACAUCUUGAUGCUGGUUAUUGGAACCCAUGA